AUGAUGGAGAGCCCUCAACAAUCCGAUGCAAGCACUCCUGUGGAGUCUUGCUCUCCUGAGUGCGUUGACACACCGGCAACGCAAUCAUCCGUCUUGUUUGAUGGUAAUCUAGAAGAGCUGCUGCGGAACUUCCCUUUUGACCAGUACAUUCUGGUCACCGGAGGUCUCGGGUUCAUCGGAAGUCACACAACAUUAGAGCUAUUGAAAGCCAACUAUAAUGUAAUUGUGAUCGACAAUCUCAGCAACUCCUAUCAAAUCGUCUUCGAUCGCAUCAAAACCUUGGCAUCAAAGCAUCAUGGGCAACAUGGCACAAAGAUGCCGUCAGUGCACCUACACUCUCAUGACUAUCGAGACACCGAUGCUCUUCGAGAUCUCCUCGAGCAAUACCAGGUCCAGUCCAGAUGGGGCACAGCAAAGUCUAGGAUCUCUGGAGUGAUUCACUUCGCUGCUUAUAAAGCCGUGGAGGAGAGCAUCAAGAACCCGCUGAAGUAUUAUGCGAACAAUGUGGCCGGCCUCAUCGACUUCGCCAGCACCCUAGGAGAAUACGGCAUCAAGACAUUCGUUUUCUCCUCCUCGGCCACGGUAUAUGGAACGUUGGCGACCUCUGGCCUUCCUUUGAAAGAAGAGCUUUGCGUUCACAAAGAGGAAACUUUCCAGAACCAUGAGGGAUCCGAACAACUCGUGAAGCCUGGAUGUUCAGGCAUCACUAAUCCUUAUGGACGCACAAAAUGGAUCUGUGAAGCGAUAUUAGCGGAUCUAGCGGCUUCUGAUCCUGAAUGGACAAUUGUAUCUCUACGGUAUUUCAACCCAAUAGGGUGCGAUGAGUCUGGUCUCCUUGGAGAAGACCCCAAACAGACACCCACCAACCUCCUUCCUGUCGUCGUCAAAGUCAUGACAGGACAGUAUAAAGAAUUGCAGAUGUUUGGGACAGAUUGGGACACAGAAGACGGGACAGCCGUCCGUGAUUUCAUUCACGUCACUGACCUUGCCCAGGGGCAUAUUGCAGCACUUGGAGCAGCCAACGAUGGAAAGCUGGUCGAAAACUUCCGCACCUUCAACCUCGGAACAGGACAGGGUCACUCUGUAAUGGAGGUGGUUAAUACCAUGGAAAGCGUGUCCUCGAAGCAAAUCCCACGGAAGGCUGCUGAUCGUCGGGCUGGAGAUGUUGGAUCCUGUGUCGCUGUGGCCACCAGGUCGCAAGAAGAGCUUCAAUGGAAGACAGAAAAGUCAUUGAAGGAUGCUUGCGUCAACUUGUGUAAUUUCCUGGAUGUCAGUGGCCUGUCCUCCUAG